GUGCAGUACGCACUGGGUUUUUGUACAUAAAUCGCGGAGCAUCAUCCUCGAGGAGCCUCGCCAUCUAUCUCCUCCAGUACGCGUCUAAAGUGCACUGGUGUCCUAUUCUGGAAGCUACUUUCCGUUAUGUAUCCAAGAUAUAUCCAACUGGACUGCUGAAAUAUAGCCUAUCAGAGUGACUCACCAGGGAUGUAGUCUAGCCUAUGUGUACCGUUAGAACUCUAGUAACAUUUUGGCAUUGGCUCAAAGUUUAUAUACAUAUUUAUAUAUAUAUAUAUAUAUAUAUAUAUAUAUAUAACACAAGCCAGGUCGACAAAGUUACCUAAAUGAAAAUGUCCUCGACUCUCAGCUCCCCGUCACCGAACAACAGCAGCCUUUUCACCUCGAGCUACGAGAGGACGGACCUCACCGAGGCGCAAAGACAGAUGAGCCUGCUUCUCUUCGGCUUGUGCGUCGCCAUCGCCGCUCUUACCUUCUUGGGAAGUGUGUAUUCUCUCUUCUUUUUCAUUCGGAUGAGGUGGAAAACUAUCCUGUGGCUCAUCGUGGCUUCGAUGUCCGUGGACGACCUGCUCAGCGUGAUACCUCUCUCCCUCUUUAUGCUCAUGCAGUGGGAGAGAGAUGGAGAGGGAGGGUCGGUGACCAUAUGCACUUUGUCGGGACUUCUCUAUGUGUUCCAAGGACUCUCCAGCAAUAUGAAGGCUUGCCUUAUCGCAGCCUACACCUUUUACGUUACCAAGCGAGAAGGAAGCCCUCGGCCGUUGAGGGUGAUGUUGGCGAUAAUAGGGGUGUGGGUAGUCAGCCUGGCCGUCAGUGUACUACCCCUGUGCGGCUGGGGGAGUUUCACUCCGCUCUCUCUCGGCUGCUUCCCGGAGAGACGAGGUUUUUACAUUCUGCUCCUUUUUUCUUUGUACUCCGUGUGUUUCUGUGGAUUGGUGUUCUUCUUCGUUCCUCUCACCUACCAGCUCCUGUGUUCCAGAGAGCCACAGAGGACGCUCUACCCGAGCUACUUGGAUAUGGCCAGGGAUCUGAGAGGGGACGGGUCUGCGCCUCUCUGCGACCUCCCGUCCUUCUCUCGGGACAGCUUGGACAGAAGUUUCAGUACCUACAACGAGCUGAGUCCGGUUGGUUUGAGGAAAGGGUUAGGGGUGCGGGACAAAGUGGAAACAUAUACCUGUUCAAACCCGGACUCUGAUCGUGUACUGAGGGAUGAUGGUACCAUCUGUAACUGGGAAUCCCCGGUGUUCUUUGCACAAAAGCGCUUCUCCAUGAUCCUAGCGGUGGUGAGAGUUGUCUUGUGGAUGCCGAUGAUGACUCUGGUGCUCGUGCGUCAUGCUGUAAACGUCCGCAGCUCCUACCUGGAAACGCUGGAAACGGUGAGCUUCUUCCUGACCCUGCUGGCGCCUGCGGUCACGCCGGUGUUCAUGCUCUCCGAGCGCUGGAUCCACCUUCCGUGCGGGUGCUUCAUCAACUGCCCGCGGGACACAGAGCGUGAGCCCACCGCAAAGAAGAGGUUUGAAUUUAACCUCUCCUUCCAAAAAGGGUACGGAAUAUACAAGAUAUCGCACGCGACCAACCCCCACCGAACCCCGUCCGUCGAGAAACCUUCCUAUUACAACUUCUUCAACUGCGACUUCACAGAAAACCAGCUUGCCGUGCUGGACAGCUCCGGGGUCGCGAGCCUGCAGGCCGAGCUGGAGUUCAGGACCCCACGUGCAGUGGACAGCUCCCCACUGCGUGAACAUGGCGAUCUGCUUCUCGAGGCAGUGGCAGGUGGAGGAGAGGCCCUGGCGCUGGCAGACUGCCUCCAAUUUCCUCACGAUAACCACAGAGACCAGGACCUCAACCUCACCGACACGUCGUCGGUGUUCGAGGGAACGGAACGGAGACUGUCGCAUGUAGAGUGCAUAAAAAUGGAGCUGACGGACUGGGAGUGGUGUAGGAGUAAAUCCGAGAGGACCCCCAGACAGAGAUAUGGGGGAGGUCUGGCCCUCCCUCUGUGUGCCUUCCAGGGCACCGUCUCCCUGCACUCCCCCACAGGGAAGACCCUCUCCCUCUCCACCUAUGAGGUCAGCAGCGAAGGGCUCACCAUCUCCCCCCACGCCGCCAAGAAGGUGGAGGUCUACCGCUCCAAGUCUGUAGGCCACGAGCCCAGUGCAGACGACCCCAGUUCUGGAGGCACGGCCGGGGGAGUGGGGACGGAGGUGGGAAUGCGGGACACCAACGUGAAGAUCCACCUGGAGGUGUUGGAGAUCUGUGACAACGAGGAGGCCACGGACAGCGUGUCCAUCAUCUCCAACAUCAGCCAGUCGUCCACCCAUGCCCGCUCCCCGUCGUUGCGCUAUUCUCGGAAGGAGAACCGCUUUGUGUCCUGUGACCUGGGGGAGACAGCCUCCUACUCACUGCUCAUCCCCAACAGUGGCAACCCCGAGGCGGACAACAUCAACAUCAACAUCCCUGACACGGUGGAGGCCCACCGGCAGAACAGCCGCAGACAGACACAGGAGACAGGAGGGUACCGCGAGGAGAUACAGCUGCUCAACGAAGCCUACAGGAAGCAGGAAGAGGACAGAGAAGACUGAUACACAGACACAGGAUGCAGGAAGAUGGCAGACAAGACUGAUACACACAGGAAGCAGGAAGCAGGAAGAGGACAGAGAGAAAUGAUACACACAGGAUGCAGGAAGCCGACAGAGAAGUCUGAUAGACACACAGGAAGCAGGGGGAGGACAGAGAAGACUGAUACACACAGGUAGCAGGAAGUGGACAUAGAAGUCUGAUUCACACACAGGAAGCAAGAAGAGACAGAGAAGACUGAUAAACACAGGAAGCAGAAAGUGGACAGAGAAGUCUGCUUCACACACAGGAAGCAGGAAGAGACAGAGAAGACUGAUAAACACACAGGAAACAGGGGGGGGGGCAGACAAGACUGAUACACACAGGAAGCAGGAAGUGGACAGAGAAGUCUGAUUCACACACAGGAAGCAGGAAGCGGACAGAGAGAAAUGAUACACACAGGAAGCAGGAAGUGGACAGAGCAGUCUGAUUCACACACAGGAAGGGGGAAGAGACAGAGAAUACUGAUACACACAGGAAGACAAUGAGCAGACAGCGAAUACUGAUGAGCACACAAAGGAUGCAGACUGGGAAAGCACAUCCAGGUGGAUUGGCCUUUUAGCUAUAUAUUUUAAGUAUGUAUUUUGACAAAACAUUAGCUGCCACUGCCUAAGGCUGCUGGUACACUUAUCCUGUGUCCAUUCUGUGCUUCAGAGGUCCAUUAUGUAUAGAUGUGAUGAGGUGAGGUGGAGAGAAGUGGAUGCAGGACUAAGGGAUGAGGUGGAGAGAAGUGGAAGCAGGACCAAAGGAUGAGGUGUAGAGAAGUGGAAGCAGGACUAAAGGAUGAGGUGGAGAGAAGUGGAAGCAGGACUAAGGGAUGAGGUGGAGAGAAGUGGAUUCAGGACUAAAGGAUGAGGUGGAGAGAAGUGGAAGCAGGACUAAGGGAUGAGGUGGAGAGAAGUGGAUGCAGGACUAAAGGAUGAGGUGGAGAGAAGUGGAUUCAGGACUAAAGGAUGAGGUGGAGAGAAGUGGAUUCAGGACUUAAGGAUGAGGUGAGGUGGAGAGAAGGUGAUGCAGGACUAAGGGGUGAGGUGGAGAGAAGUGGAUGCAGGACUAAAGGAUGAGGUGAGGUGGAGAGAAGUGGAUGCAGGACUAAAGGAUGAGGUGGAGAGAAGUGGAUGCAGGACUAAGGGAUGAGGUGGAGAGAAAUGGAUGCAGGACUAAAGGAUGAGGUGGAGAGAAAUGGAUGCAGGACUAAAGGAUGAGGUGAGAGAAGGUGAUGCAGGACUAAGGGAUGAGGUGAGGAGAAGGUGAUGGAGGACUAAAGGAUGAGGUGUAGAGAAGGUGGUGCAGGACUAAAGGAUGAGGUGGAGAGAAGUGGAUGCAGAACUAAAGGAUGAGGUGGAGAGAAGGUGAUGCAGGACUAAAGGAUGAGGUGGAGAGAAGUGGAUGCAGGACUAAAGGAUGAGGUGAGGUGGAGAGAAGGUGAUGCAGGACUAAGGGAUGAGGUGGAGAGAAGUGGAUGCAGGACUAAAGGAUGAGGUGUACAGAAGUGGAUGCAGGACUAAAGGAUAAGGUGUAGAGAAGUGGAUGCAGGACUAAAGGAUGAGGUGGAGAGAAGUGGAUGCAGGACUAAAGGAUGAGAUGGAGAGAAGUGGAUGCAGGACUAAAGGAUGAGGUGGAGAGAAGUGGAUGCAGGACUAAAGGAUGAGGUGGAGAGAAGUGGAUGCAGGACUAAAGGAUGAGGUGGAGAGAAGUGGAUGCAGGACUAAAGGAUGAGGUGGAGAGAAGUGGAUGCAGGACUAAAGGAUGAGGUGGAGAGAAGUGGAUGCAGGACUAAAGGAUGAGGUGGAGAGAAGUGGAUGCAGGGCUAAAGGAUGAGGUGAGAGAAGGUGAUGCAGGACUAAAGGAUGAGGUGAGAGAAGGUGAUGCAGGACUAAAGGAUGAGGUGAGGAGAAGUGGAUGCAGGACUAAAGGAUGAGGUGGAGAGAAGUGGAUUCAGGACUAAAGGAUGAGGUGGAGAGAAGGUGAUGCAGGACUAAAGGGGUGAGGUGGAGAGAAGUGGAUUCAGGACUAAAGGAUGAGGUGAGGAGAAGUGGAUGCAGGACUAAAGGAUGAGGUGAGGAGAAGUGGAUGCAGGACUAAAGGAUGAGGUGAGGAGAAGUGGAUGCAGGACUAAGGGAUGAGGUGGAGAGACGUGGAUGCAGGACUAAAGGAUGACGUGAGGUGGAGAGAAGUGGAUGCAGGACUAAGGGAUGAGGUGGAGAGAAGUGGAUUCAGGACUAAAGGAUGAGGUGGAGAGAAGGUGAUGCAGGACUAAAGGGUUGAGGUGGAGAGAAGUGGAUGCAGGACUAAAGGAUGAGGUGAGGAGAAGUGGAUGCAGGACUAAAGGAUGAGGUGAGGAGAAGUGGAUGCAGGACUAAAGGAUGAGGUGAGGAGAAGUGGAUGCAGGACUAAAGGAUGAGGUGGAGAGACGUGGAUGCAGGACUAAAGGAUGACGUGAGGUGGAGAGAAGUGGAUGCAGGACUAAGGGAUAAGGUGUAGAGAAGUGGAUGCAGGACUAAAGAAUGAGGUGUAGAGAAGUGGAUGCAGGACUAAAGUAUGAGGUGAGGUGGAGAGAAGUGGAUGCAGGACUAAAGGAUGAGGUGUAGAGAAGUGGAUGCAGGACUAAAGGAUGAGGUGAGGAGAAGUGGAUGCAGGACUAAAGGAUGAGGUGAGGAGAAGUGGAUGCAGGACUAAAGGAUGAGGUGAGGUGGAGAGAAGUGGAUGCAGGACUAAAGGAUGAGGUGAGGUGGAGAGAAGUGGAUGCAGGACUAAAGGAUGAGGUGGAGAGAAGUGGAUGCAGGACUAAAGGAUGAGGUGAGGAGAAGUGGAUGCAGGACGAAAGGAUGAGGUGGAGAGACGUGGAUGCAGGACUAAAGGAUGAGGUGUAGAGAAGUGGAUGCAGGACUAAAGGAUGAGGUGUAGAGAAGUGGAUGCAGGACUAAAGGAUGAGGUGGAGAGAAGUGGAUGCAGGACUAAGGGAUGAGGUGGAGAGAAGUGGAUGCAGGACUAAAGAAUGAGGUGGAGAGAAGUGGAUGCAGGACUAAAGGAUGAGGUCAGGAGAAGUGGAUGCAGGACGAAAGGAUGAGGUGGAGAGACGUGGAUGCAGGACUAAAGGAUGAGGUGUAGAGAAGUGGAUGCAGGACUAAAGGAUGAGGUGGAGAGAAGUGGAUGCAGGACUAAAGUAUGAGGUGAGGUGGAGAGAAGUGGAUGCAGGACUAAAGGAUGAGGUGUGGAGAAGUGGAUGCAUGACUAAAGGAUGAGGUGAGGAGAAGUGGAUGCAGGACUAAAGGAUGAGGUGAGGAGAAGUGGAUGCAGGACUAAAGGAUGAGGUGAGGUGGAGAGAAGUGGAUGCAGGACUAAAGGAUGAGGUGAGGUGGAGAGAAGUGGAUGCAGGACUAAAGGAUGAGGUGGAGAGAAGUGGAUGCAGGACUAAAGGAUGAGGUGAGGAGAAGUGGAUGCAGGACGAAAGGAUGAGGUGGAGAGACGUGGAUGCAGGACUAAAGGAUGAGGUGUAGAGAAGUGGAUGCAGGACUAAAGGAUGAGGUGUAGAGAAGUGGAUGCAGGACUAAAGGAUGAGGUGGAGAGAAGUGGAUGCAGGACUAAGGGAUGAGGUGGAGAGAAGUGGAUGCAGGACUAAAGGAUGAGGUGGAGAGAAGUGGAUGCAGGACUAAGGGAUGAGGUGGAGAGAAGUGGAAGCAGGACUAAAGGAUGAGGUGUAGAGAAGUGGAAGCAGGACUAAAGGAUGAGGUGGAGAGAAGUGGAAGCAGGACUAAGGGAUGAGGUGGAGAGAAGUGGAUUCAGGACUAAAGGAUGAGGUGGAGAGAAGUGGAAGCAGGACUAAGGGAUGAGGUGGAGAGAAGUGGAUGCAGGACUAAAGGAUGAGGUGGAGAGAAGUGGAUUCAGGACUAAAGGAUGAGGUGGAGAGAAGUGGAUUCAGGACUUAAGGAUGAGGUGAGGUGGAGAGAAGGUGAUGCAGGACUAAGGGGUGAGGUGGAGAGAAGUGGAUGCAGGACUAAAGGAUGAGGUGAGGUGGAGAGAAGUGGAUGCAGGACUAAAGGAUGAGGUGGAGAGAAGUGGAUGCAGGACUAAGGGAUGAGGUGGAGAGAACUGGAUGCAGGACUAAAGGAUGAGGUGGAGAGAAGUGGAUGCAGGACUAAAGGAUGAGGUGAGGUGGAGAGAAGGUGAUGCAGGACUAAGGGAUGAGGUGGAGAGAAGUGGAUGCAGGACUAAAGGAUGAGGUGUACAGAAGUGGAUGCAGGACUAAAGGAUAAGGUGUAGAGAAGUGGAUGCAGGACUAAAGGAUGAGGUGGAGAGAAGUGGAUGCAGGACUAAAGGAUGAGAUGGAGAGAAGUGGAUGCAGGACUAAAGGAUGAGGUGGAGAGAAGUGGAUGCAGGACUAAAGGAUGAGGUGGAGAGAAGUGGAUGCAGGACUAAAGGAUGAGGUGGAGAGAAGUGGAUGCAGGACUAAAGGAUGAGGUGGAGAGAAGUGGAUGCAGGACUAAAGGAUGAGGUGGAGAGAAGGUGAUGCAGGACUAAAGGGGUGAGGUGGAGAGAAGUGGAUUCAGGACUAAAGGAUGAGGUGAGGUGAAGUGGAUGCAGGACUAAAGGAUGAGGUGAGGAGAAGUGGAUGCAGGACUAAAGGAUGAGGUGAGGAGAAGUGGAUGCAGGACUAAAGGAUGAGGUGGAGAGACGUGGAUGCAGGACUAAAGGAUGACGUGAGGUGGAGAGAAGUGGAUGCAGGACUAAGGGAUGAGGUGUAGAGAAGUGGAUGCAGGACUAAAGAAUGAGGUGUAGAGAAGUGGAUGCAGGACUAAAGGAUGAGGUGAGGUGGAGAGAAGUGGAUGCAGGACUAAAGUAUGAGGUGAGGUGGAGAGAAGUGGAUGCAGGACUAAAGGAUGAGGUGUAGAGAAGUGGAUGCAGGACUAAAGGAUGAGGUGAGGAGAAGUGGAUGCAGGACUAAAGGAUGAGGUGAGGAGAAGUGGAUGCAGGACUAAAGGAUGAGGUGAGGUGGAGAGAAGUGGAUGCAGGACUAAAGGAUGAGGUGAGGUGGAGAGAAGUGGAUGCAGGACUAAAGGAUGAGGUGGAGAGAAGUGGAUGCAGGACUAAAGGAUGAGGUGAGGAGAAGUGGAUGCAGGACGAAAGGAUGAGGUGGAGAGACGUGGAUGCAGGACUAAAGGAUGAGGUGUAGAGAAGUGGAUGCAGGACUAAAGGAUGAGGUGUAGAGAAGUGGAUGCAGGACUAAAGGAUGAGGUGGAGAGAAGUGGAUGCAGGACUAAGGGAUGAGGUGGAGAGAAGUGGAUGCAGGACUAAAGAAUGAGGUGGAGAGAAGUGGAUGCAGGACUAAAGGAUGAGGUCAGGAGAAGUGGAUGCAGGACGAAAGGAUGAGGUGGAGAGACGUGGAUGCAGGACUAAAGGAUGAGGUGUAGAGAAGUGGAUGCAGGACUAAAGGAUGAGGUGGAGAGAAGUGGAUGCAGGACUAAAGUAUGAGGUGAGGUGGAGAGAAGUGGAUGCAGGACUAAAGGAUGAGGUGUAGAGAAGUGGAUGCAGGACUAAAGGAUGAGGUGAGGAGAAGUGGAUGCAGGACUAAAGGAUGAGGUGAGGUGGAGAGAAGUGGAUGCAGGACUAAAGGAUGAGGUGAGGUGGAGAGAAGUGGAUGCAGGACUAAAGGAUGAGGUGGAGAGAAGUGGAUGCAGGACUAAAGGAUGAGGUGAGGAGAAGUGGAUGCAGGACGAAAGGAUGAGGUGGAGAGACGUGGAUGCAGGACUAAAGGAUGAGGUGUAGAGAAGUGGAUGCAGGACUAAAGGAUGAGGUGUAGAGAAGUGGAUGCAGGACUAAAGGAUGAGGUGGAGAGAAGUGGAUGCAGGACUAAGGGAUGAGGUGGAGAGAAGGUGAUGCAGGACUAAAGGGGUGAGGUGGAGAGAAGUGGAUUCAGGACUAAAGGAUGAGGUGAGGUGAAGUGGAUGCAGGACUAAAGGAUGAGGUGAGGAGAAGUGGAUGCAGGACUAAAGGAUGAGGUGAGGAGAAGUGGAUGCAGGACUAAAGGAUGAGGUGGAGAGACGUGGAUGCAGGACUAAAGGAUGACGUGAGGUGGAGAGAAGUGGAUGCAGGACUAAGGGAUGAGGUGUAGAGAAGUGGAUGCAGGACUAAAGAAUGAGGUGUAGAGAAGUGGAUGCAGGACUAAAGGAUGAGGUGAGGUGGAGAGAAGUGGAUGCAGGACUAAAGUAUGAGGUGAGGUGGAGAGAAGUGGAUGCAGGACUAAAGGAUGAGGUGUAGAGAAGUGGAUGCAGGACUAAAGGAUGAGGUGAGGAGAAGUGGAUGCAGGACUAAAGGAUGAGGUGAGGAGAAGUGGAUGCAGGACUAAAGGAUGAGGUGAGGUGGAGAGAAGUGGAUGCAGGACUAAAGGAUGAGGUGAGGUGGAGAGAAGUGGAUGCAGGACUAAAGGAUGAGGUGGAGAGAAGUGGAUGCAGGACUAAAGGAUGAGGUGAGGAGAAGUGGAUGCAGGACGAAAGGAUGAGGUGGAGAGACGUGGAUGCAGGACUAAAGGAUGAGGUGUAGAGAAGUGGAUGCAGGACUAAAGGAUGAGGUGUAGAGAAGUGGAUGCAGGACUAAAGGAUGAGGUGGAGAGAAGUGGAUGCAGGACUAAGGGAUGAGGUGGAGAGAAGUGGAUGCAGGACUAAAGAAUGAGGUGGAGAGAAGUGGAUGCAGGACUAAAGGAUGAGGUCAGGAGAAGUGGAUGCAGGACGAAAGGAUGAGGUGGAGAGACGUGGAUGCAGGACUAAAGGAUGAGGUGUAGAGAAGUGGAUGCAGGACUAAAGGAUGAGGUGGAGAGAAGUGGAUGCAGGACUAAAGUAUGAGGUGAGGUGGAGAGAAGUGGAUGCAGGACUAAAGGAUGAGGUGUAGAGAAGUGGAUGCAGGACUAAAGGAUGAGGUGAGGAGAAGUGGAUGCAGGACUAAAGGAUGAGGUGAGGUGGAGAGAAGUGGAUGCAGGACUAAAGGAUGAGGUGAGGUGGAGAGAAGUGGAUGCAGGACUAAAGGAUGAGGUGGAGAGAAGUGGAUGCAGGACUAAAGGAUGAGGUGAGGAGAAGUGGAUGCAGGACGAAAGGAUGAGGUGGAGAGACGUGGAUGCAGGACUAAAGGAUGAGGUGUAGAGAAGUGGAUGCAGGACUAAAGGAUGAGGUGUAGAGAAGUGGAUGCAGGACUAAAGGAUGAGGUGGAGAGAAGUGGAUGCAGGACUAAGGGAUGAGGUGGAGAGAAGUGGAUGCAGGACUAAAGGAUGAGGUGGAGAGAAGUGGAUGCAGGACUAAGGGAUGAGGUGGAGAGAAGUGGAAGCAGGACUAAAGGAUGAGGUGUAGAGAAGUGGAAGCAGGACUAAAGGAUGAGGUGGAGAGAAGUGGAAGCAGGACUAAGGGAUGAGGUGUAGAGAAGUGGAUUCAGGACUAAAGGAUGAGGUGGAGAGAAGUGGAAGCAGGACUAAGGGAUGAGGUGGAGAGAAGUGGAUGCAGGACUAAAGGAUGAGGUGGAGAGAAGUGGUUUAAGGACUAAAGGAUGAGGUGGAGAAAAGUGAGGUGGAGAGAAGGUGAUGCAGGACUAAGGGGUGAGGUGGAGAGAAGUGGAUGCAGGACUAAAGGAUGAGGUGGAGAGAAGUGGAUGCAGGACUAAAGGAUGAGGUGGAGAGAAGUGGAUGCAGGACUAAAGGAUGAGGUGGAGAGAAGUGGAUGCAGGACUAAAGGAUGAGGUCAGGAGAAGUGGAUGCAGGACGAAAGGAUGAGGUGGAGAGACGUGCAUGCAGGACUAAAGGAUGAGGUGUAGAGAAGUGGAUGCAGGACUAAAGGAUGAGGUGGAGAGAAGUGGAUGCAGGACUAAAGGAUGAGGUUUAGAGAAGUGGAUGCAGGACUAAAGGAUGAGGUGGAGAGAAGUGGAUGCAGGACUAAAGGAUGAGGUUUAGAGAAGUGGAUGCAGGACUAAAGGAUGAGGUGGAGACAAGUGGAUGCAGGACUAAAGGAUGAGGUGGAGACAAGUGGAUGCAGGACUAAAGGAUGAGGUGUAGAGAAGUGGAUGCAGGACUAAAGGAUGAGGUGGAGAGAAGUGGAUGCAGGACUAAAGGAUGAGGUUUAGAGAAGUGGAUGCAGGACUAAAGGAUGAGGUGGAGAGAAGUGGAUGCAGGACUAAAGGAUGAGGUUUAGAGAAGUGGAUGCAGGACUAAAGGAUGAGGUGGAGACAAGUGGAUGCAGGACUAAAGGAUGAGGUGGAGAGAAGUGGAUGCAGGACUAAAGGAUGAGGUUUAGAGAAGUGGAUGCAGGACUAAAGGAUGAGGUUUAGAGAAGUGGAUGCAGGACUAAAGGAUGAGGUGGAGAGAAGUGGAUGCAGGACUAAAGGAUGAGGUGUAGAGAAGUGGAUGCAGGACUAAAGGAUGAGGUGGAGAGAAGUGGAUGCAGGACUAAGGGAUGAGGUGGAGAGAAGUGGAUGCAGGACUAAAGGAUGAGGUGAAGAGAAGUGGAUGCAGGACUAAAGGUUAGCAGCACAAUGAAAGAGUGAAGACUGAAAGGGAGAGCAGAGAGGAAGGGUGGAGAGAAGAUUACCCAUGUUAGUAUUCAUGCCAGGGUCUCCGACAUAUGGCUGCCAAUGAGUAUGUCCCUCACCAUUAAGUCAACAUGGUGACCACCGACCCCUGUGUCUGAGUCAUCCCACUGUGUGUGUGUGUGUGUGUGUGUGUGUGUGUGUGUGUGUGUGUGUGUGUGUGUGUGUGUGUGUGUGUGUGUGUGUGUGUGUGUGUGUGUGUGUGUGUGUGUGUGUGUGUCACAUACAGAUCCGUGUGUCUGUACUCUUAAUAUAAUCUGCUGAGAGCUUGGACUCAGAAUAGAUCAUUCAGUAUACUGUUCAUUCUACUGCUGUGAGACAAAACUAUCCUCUUAUGUAAAUCAGUCUGAAGAGAGAGAUAGAAGGCGAGAGAGAGAGAGAGAGAGAGAGAAUACAGAGUGUUUUUUUCUGCCUCAUGAACAUUCCACUAACAAUUUCCCUGAACGACAGUGUGCAUAUUUUACCACUGAUGGAGGCACCAAGUGAAUGUGCAUUUUUUUCCCGAGUCACUUAGAGCUGUUCUCCUCUGGCCUUUCAGUUCACUGCCUCUCCAAUCACACGGAGUGACCCAGGCCUUUCCGCUAUGCUUUGUACAUGCUUAAAACUAGACAGUAACAGAAUAUGUAUUGGCGAUUCACUACGGCUCUAAAUAUUCACCAGGAUGAAUAUGAACUAAAAGAUGGAGUUAUAUUAUAGUUAUAUUCUGUUUAACUGUUUUUGUAUGCACACACACACACACACACACACACACACACACACACACACACACACACACACACACACACACACACACACACACACACGCACAAAGCUUGCACGUACACAAACACACAUCAACAAGGUACAUUACACCCUACCUCCAGGUCACACAGUAAUGGCUGUAUUCUGUUUGAUGUUUCAUAAAGGAUGUGUUUCGUUGUGUGUCGUCUGUGCUGUGUGUCUUUCAGCAGAGAAAAGCUUUGUCACGUGUGACAUAAUGCAUCCGCUCUUCAUGUGAGUGAAGCUCAUUACAUAUUUAUACUCGAAAAUUGCCUCAAACAACACUGUAAAAUGCAUUAACAUCCAGACUUCUUCAAGGCAACAACAACAAAAGCAAAGUUAGAGAAAAGUGGCUUACAGAAUAAUAUGGCUUAUGAAUCAUAUGGCGUAUGAAUCAUAUGGCUUAUGAAUCAUAUGGCUUAUGAAUCAUAUGACUUAUGAAUCAUAUGGCUUAUGAAUCAUAUGACUUAUGAAUCAUAUGGCUUAUGAAUCAUAUGGCUUAUUCGUAAUGUGGCUCAUGAAUCAUAUGACUUAUGAAUCAUAUGGCUUAUAAAUCAUAUGGUUUAUGAAUCAUAUGACUUAUGAAUAAUAUGGCUUAUUCGUAAUGUGGCUUAUGAAUCAUAUGGCUUAUGAAUCAUAUGACUUAUGAAUCAUAUGGUUUAUGAAUCAUAUGACUUAUGAAUCAUAUGACUUAUGAAUCAUAUGGCUUAUUCGUAAUGUGGCUUAUGAAUCAUAUGGCUUAUGAUUCAUAUGACUUAUGAAUCAUAUGGCUUAUGAAUCAUAUGGCUUAUGAAUCAUAUGACUUAUGAAUCAUAUGGCUUAUUCGUAAUGUGGCUUAUGAAUCACAAGACUUAUGAAUCAAAUGGCUUAUGAAUCAUAUGACUUAUGAAUCAUAUGGUUCAUGAAUCAUAUGAUGUAUGAAUCAUAUGUCUUAUGAAUCAUAUGACUUAGGAAUCAUAUGGCUUAUGAAUCAUAACCAGUGUGUCCCAGUAGAUGAGAUUACCUCUGACCUUGUAAUGAGUAGAGAGCAUUUCAGUGUUUUGACAGAGUGUUUAGAAUUGACCAACCCUUUCAACACAGCAUCUCUUCAGCCAAGCAGAAUGGAAAUAAACUCAACAUUGUCUUAUUUAUUCCUUCAUGUGAAAUACAAGGUAUUGAACGUU